UUAACAACAAUGUUAAUUUUAGACAAAAAAAGAGUUUUCUCCAUAACAUUUUGAAAUUAUGGCAAGUAUUUAUCAUGUUGAUGAGAUAGAGGUCUCAGAAACUCAUGUAUCAAAAAUAUGAUACAAAGGGCAUUGUAGGGUUAAGGAAAUAGAAGCGAUGUAGCAGAAUAAGCCAAGAGAAGGCAGUAGUAUAACUGUGUUGAAUGCAAGCUGCCGUUAAAAACGAAAGAAGAAGACGACACCGGAAACUACCGAAUCUGCUACUACCAGACCUUCAUGUGUUGCUAGCUCUUCUUCUACCUCCGUCAUGGCGCCCACUUUAGGCUUUUUUCCUGCCGUCACGUUGGUGGUGCUGUCCGGUUUUCCCGCCGCGGUGUCCUCGCGAAGGGACGUGCUCGAGCUCGGGGACGCGGAUUUCGACUACCUGGCAACAGAGCACGAGACCAUGCUGGUGAAAUUCUACGCUCCUUGGUGUGGUCAUUGUAAGAAAUUGGCUCCAGAGUUUGAGAAAGCAGCUAGUCGACUGAAAGGAAGUGUUCAAUUAGCAAAGGUGGACUGUACAGCAAACUCUGAGACGUGCAGUCGUUUUGGGGUCUCAGGUUAUCCCACCUUGAGAAUUUUUAGGUACGGCAAAGAUUCCGCCCCCUAUGAUGGUCCUCGUACUGCUGAGGGGAUCUACGAGACCAUGAGGAGGCAGACUGGUCCAGACUCGAUGCACCUGAAGACCAAAGAUGAUCUGAAGGCCUUUGUCAAUAACCAUGACGCCAGCAUUGUAGGUGUGUUCUCAGGUACGGACAGCCCCCGUCUGGCUGAGUUCCUGAAGGCAGCCACUCUACUCAGAGAACAGUUCCGUUUUGCUCACAGCACCAACCUGCAGCUCGCCGAAGAGCAUGGGGCCGACUCAGAAUGUGUGCUGCUGUUCAGACCUCCCAGACUCACCAAUGCUUUUGAGGACAGUGUUGUCAUCUUCAGAGACUACCUGACCAUCGGCUCACUGCGGCGCUUCAUCAGAGAUCACAUCUACGGUCUGUGUCCUCACAUGACAAUAGAGAACAGAGACCGUCUGAGAGUCCGGGACCUGCUGACAGCGUACUACGAUCUUGACUACCAUCACAACCUCCCCGGCUCCAACUACUGGAGGAACAGGGUAAUGAAGGUGGCGUCUAAGUAUGUUGGGCGGGGUCUAACCUUCUCUGUAGCCAAUAAGAAGGACUUCCUGUUGGAGCUGGAGGAAGACUUUGGUAUGGGGACGUCAGAUGGAGGGGAGCUGCCCUUUAUCACCAUCCGGACCCGAUUGGGUCACAAGUACACCAUGAGGGAGGAGUUCACGAGGGAUGGUGCGUCUCUGCAGAGGUUCCUGGAAGAUUACUUUGCAGGUCGACUCAAACGUUACAUCAAAUCAGAACCGAUACCUGAAAAGAACUCUGGGGCUGUCAAAGUGGUGGUAGCAGAGUCCUUUGAUCAGGUGGUGAACGACCCGGAUAAAGGUGUUCUGAUCCAGUUUUUUUCUCCGUCGUGUCCUCACUGUAAGAAGCUGGAGCCGGUCUAUGGAGAGCUCGCUGACACGCUGCGCUCUGACCCUAAAAUCGUCAUUGCCAAGAUGAACGCCGUGGCCAAUGACGUGCCUCUGGGUUACGACGUCCAAGGGUUUCCCACCAUCUACUUUGCUCCAGUAGGGAGGAAGGACGAACCCGUCAGAUACCAGGGCACCCGCGAGCUCAAAGACUUCCUCCGGUUUCUCAAGCGAGAGGCGAGUCACAGCUUGAUGUUGAGUGGCUUCAAAGAUGAACUCUGACACUCCCAACAGCGAGGAGGAGAGCCUGAAUCUGGACCUCCAGUACUGGACAUUACAACAGGACAGUGGUUGCAUCAAAUGAAAUCGCUCAAUCAUCCCUGAAACACACCGCUGUUAAUCAUGCCAUUGUCAUCCUCAUUAUUUAUUUAUUUAUUUGUUAACUUUAUUCGUCCUCCUUUGGUGCACAAGCAGGGUACAGGUGUUCUUCUGGGUUUUUUUGGACAAUAAAGUUUUGUAUGAAUUUCA